CCGGGUUCCGCUCUGUAAUGCAGUGGUUCCCCGACCGCGGACACGGUCGAGACCCUGACGGCUUCGGCAGGCUCGGCACAGCGAAAAACGCGUCGAGACGAAUUAACGGUCAGUCGAUCAGUGUCGCGGCGUAGCUCGUCGAUGGCCCUUCGGUAGUGGUGCACGCAUCAUGGAAUUGAUUCGGGCGCUUGUCCUGCUCUUUUGCCUCGUACACUCGUCCCAGCCACAGCACCUCGAAGUGGUUUACCAGUGGAAAUAUCUGAAUUGGGUUUGGCCGAAUAUACAAUUGACGGGGAAAAACUAUACGUUUGGCAAUUCCUUCACGCAAGAUGUGGAUAUCGACAGGCAGGGCCGCGUAUUUGUGACGAGUCCACCGUGGUUGGAGGGUGUACCAAUCAGUUUGUCUUUGGUGACUAAGGAACAAGAUGCCGGUGGUCAUUUACUCGUACCCUAUCCCAAUUGGUCUUGGCACACACCGUUCAAUUGCGACAGCAUCGUAUCCGUUUACAGAGUGGCGAUCGACGAGUGCAAUCGUUUGUGGGUGGUCGACAACGGUAGGGUGACGAUGGAAGCAAUUUGCCCUUCGAAAAUAUUGAUCUUCGAUCUCGCCACGGAUCAGCUGAUCCAUAAAUACGUGGUGCCGGAUGAUCAAGUGCUGUACGGGAAGGCUUCAUUAGUUACGCCAAUCGUCGAUGUCGGAAAAACGUGUCUCGAUACUUAUCUCUACGUGGCGGACGUGGAUCAACAUGGACUGGUGAUUUAUGACUUAUAUCGCGACCAUUCCUGGCGAGUAAACAACACGCGUGGCAACGCUUUCGGCCCGGACGAGGAUGCUAUGAAUAUUACGAUCGCCGGCGAGUAUUUCGAUCUGACCGACGGUACACUCGGCAUGUCGCUGUCGCCGAUGGGCUAUUUUAAUCACAGAUAUCUGUAUUUCAACUCGCUUGCGAGUUACCAUGAAAAAUACGCGGACACCUUUUCGUUGGCGCGAAGUGAGUUCUGGGAGCCGGUGAUAUUUCAAUCAAAUUACAAGCGCGCGAGCCAAGCGGGCGUACAGGCGACCUCCCGAAGAGGCGUAAUAUUUUUCCAAUUGGUCCAAUUAACUGCCAUUGCCUGUUGGGACAUCGGGAAACCAUUUACUCCGGAGAACGUCGUGAUAAUAGCGCAAGACGAGGAGACUCUGCAGUACGUGAGCGGCAUUAAGGUGAUCACAAAUAGGGCCGGCCGAGAAGAAUUGUGGUUCAAUACCAACAGGCUCCAGAAGACGAUAAACAAGAGCAUGAAGCCGACGGAGAUCAACUUCCGUUUAAUCAGAGGAGUGGUCGACGACAUCAUUCGCGGCACGAGAUGCGAACCGUCCGUGCAUCGGACACGGGUACCGGACAACUCUCUCUUCUGGCAUCAAAUAUAACUCACCAAGACUUUA